AUUUGUUGACCAAUUGUUGUCGUUUGUGGGAGGGACUUAUUAGGCGUUUCCUAUCUAUCAUCGCCGUCGUCCCAUGGACUGACUUGUUUGUUGUCGAACAAGAUGGAGUUCCUUCUGGGAAAUCCUUUCACUACCCCUGUGGGACAUUGCAUCGAGAGAGCCACUGAUGGCUCCCUGCAAAGUGAAGAUUGGACCCUGAACAUGGAAAUAUGCGACAUCAUCAAUGAAACAGAGGAUGGCCCAAAGGAUGCGAUUAGAGCAGUCAAGAAGAGACUUGGUGGCAACAGGAACUAUAGGGAAGUGAUGCUGACUUUAACAGUUCUUGAGACGUGUGUGAAGAACUGCGGUCAUCGUUUCCAUGCUUUAGUGACCAGCAAGGACUUUGUGGAUGGCGUGCUAGUUAAAGUCAUCGCUCCUAAAAACAACCCGCCAACCAUCGUUCAAGACAAAGUGCUCGCUCUGAUUCAGGCAUGGGCCGAUGCAUUCAGGAGCAGUCCAGACUUGACGGGUAUAGUUCAAGUGUAUGAGGAGCUGAAGAGGAAAGGCAUCGAGUUCCCCACAUCCGACCUAGAGACCCUGUCACCGAUACACACCCCUCAGCGGGUGCCAUCGGCUCCAGAGGGUGACUCCACCCUACAUAAGUACAGCACCAGGACUAAACCUGCACCCCACUUUGUCCCACCAGCCUACAGCACCCCUCAGGUCCCAAAUUUACCUGCAUCUGGAUCCAUCAACCCGACCCCUGAACAGAUUAGCCGGCUACGCAGUGAGUUGGAAGUUGUUCGUGGAAACACGAAGGUCAUGUCAGAGAUGUUGACUGAGAUGGUGCCAGGACAGGAGGAUUCUUCAGACUAUGAGUUACUGCAGGAGCUGAACAAGACAUGCAGAGCCAUGCAGCAGAGGAUAGUGGAGCUCAUCUCCUGUGUUUCUAAUGAGGCAGUGACUGAGGAGCUGCUGCAUGUAAAUGACGACCUCAACAACAUUUUCCUCCGUUAUGAACGGUACGAGAGGUUUCGAUCUGGGAGGUCCUCGGCUCAGAGUGUCAACAACGGGCUGAGGCAGGUCCUCAGCGAGGCCACAGAGGACAACCUGAUUGACCUCGGUCCAGGCUCCCCUGCAGUGGUCAGCAACAUCCCCAACACAGCUCCAAGUAGCUUGCCCCCCGCCCCGACGGGCCCUGCAGGAAGACCCUCCUCCCCUGCUACCUUGGCCUCCCGUCUGGCUGGUUUAGAUAUGGGUGCAGACAGUGUCAGCAGCACCCUGAGCUCCCUCAGCAGCUGUAAACCUCCGCCUGCCCAAGAUGACUUCGAUGUGUUUGCUCAAACCAGGAGCGGAGCUCUGGCUGAACCGUACCCAACUACUGCAGCAGAAAACCCUGCAGCUGAGGGUCCUCCUCCCACCCUGGACGUCCAGCAGCCGGCUGCAGGAGGGGGCCUGGGAUGUCAGUCUUCUGUCAUGGAUGACAUAGAGGAGUGGCUGAGUACUGAUGUGAAAGGAGAUGAAGGUGAGGAAGGGGUCACCAGUGAAGAGUUUGACAAGUUCCUCGAGGAGAGAGCCAAAGCUGCAGAGAUGACCCCCGGCCUACCGUCGCCCCCUAUCAGCAACCCAGGCGCAGCGCAGGGAACGCCCAGCAAGAAGAAGCAGACACGACCGGAAGACGCCCUGUUUGCCAUGUAGACCCUCCACCUCUUAGACCUGAGCAGCAACACCUGAGAAUGGACUCACCUGCCAUCCACUGAACCGUCAUAGUCUUACAUUGCAGUUUUUGUACAUGAGUAGAUUCUUACCAGAAAGGCUAAACCAAACAAAAACAGCUAGCAGAUGAUGGUUCCAUCUACUGGCUAAAGCAGAGACGCUGAGGUAGACCUGCUUCCUGCUCUGAUGGACUGCAGAGCUUCACGUUGCUGCUAAUCCUUAGAAAGUGUUUCACUAGAACAGAAUGGGGAAGGAAGUCCAUUUCUUAUUAAAUUCCUCAACUUUAGGUUUAAUUUUAGUUAACAGUUUCCAACUGCAGACAACAGCAGAAGCACUGAUGGAACCUCCACAGAUCCUGGUCUUCUGUUUGUCCUUCAGUCUCCUUGCAAACAUGUCCAAGCUGUAAAUCUGUAAAUGGUAAAUGUCAUGUUUAUUAGUCUGGUGUAUAUUUAAGCUCCAUAUAUGGAAGAGAUGGUAAUUUAUGUAGAGUUUAUGUUCUUACUGUCAUCUUAGAGAUGAACGUUAACAAGAAGGGAAAACAUCUCUAUGAUUAUCUGUAAAAGCAGAAAAGGGAAGGAACCUAGAUCUGCUCAUAGUUGACUGGUCCUGAACUGGGAGCAGGUUGGUGGUUUAGCUGAGGUUUCUCACACUGAAGCUGCUAUAGCUGAGCAAUGCUGUGUAGAGUCAUGGCUCUAAGCUGAACGAGCUCACAGGGAGGCGUUACUGAGCAAAUUCACUCUGAGGACUUCUUCUAGAAGCUGGACAUGCUGGCAGGGCCGGUCCACGGUAAACACGGCCCGGGGCAGAAUUCCUCUUUGGGCCCCAUUGGAGCUAAAUCCAUCCCAAAAGACCUGGGUAGAGCGGAGACAAGAGGCAAGUUUAAUAUUUGUUUCCAAGCAACCAGGGUAGUUAUCUACUCAGCAGCAGUUACACUGUGCUUAAACAUGACCCCAACUCAGACAUGCAGCACAAAUAACUAACAUUAAAACAUGACUGUUAAAAUAACAGGGUGCCCCCGAGCAGCUGCAACAUUUGCUCAUGACUUGGGCCGGCUCUGCAUGCUUUACUCCGUGAUUGUAGUGUUUUUGUCCUAAAAUCCUGCUGAGACGACCAAAUGUGUUUUAUUUCCCUUCCCUAACCUCCCGCCUCUUUUAACGGAAGAAUUCAGCAUCACACUACAGAUGCAUUUUGAACAUUAUUAUAAUUUUUUGCUGACAUCUUUAGAGGACUGACCUUUCAACAUGACAUUUAGUUUUCAGAAAUGAGGUCCACGUAGACACGCCACCACAAACGAGACAUUUUGAUCUCUGACAACCGGUAAACACAGCCUUUGACACCAUGGCAACAAGCUUAACAACAAGCCGCCAGUUUGACGACUGUUGGGCUGCGUCAGCGAACUCUUUUCAUUUUGACCCGUUCAAGUAAUUUAUUUCUUUUUGUAAUCAGUAUUUAAAAGGUUUUUAUUGUGAAGGAAUUGGAAAGGGUGGAUCAAACCAUCGUCAUGUGUGAGCUUUAAUGUUAUUGGCUGCUGGUUUAGCUUCUUGUUAGUUUUACGUUGAUAUUGUUGGUUAAAAAUGAGCUGAUGCUGGAGAAGUCAUCUCCUGAAGGAAACAUGGCUCUAGUCUGAAGUUUUUUCACUAACCAGAACACUAACACAACCUGGGGAAAACCUGAUCGUCGCACAUUUUAAGAGAUUUUCUGUUGAAUUUUCUUGUUUUCAGUGUUUGUCGUGUGUUUUGUGUUGCAAAGACAUCUCAGCUGAGUGGAGAAAGAAACCUCCAUGUUUGUUUUUAAGGAUGCACAUCAAUCACUGCUCUAUUUAAACCGUUGAAUAAACCUCUGCUUCUCAGUGGAUUGUAUGAAAAGGGAGACUGUGCUGGGUUGCUUCAUCUUUCUUUUUUCUUUGUGUUGGUUGAUCUUUGCAUGAACUUUAAAUAAACAUUAGCAGUGUGUGAUCCACA